AUGAUGGGGAAACUCCCCCUGGGGGUUGCCUCCCCUUAUGUGAAGAUGAGUUCAGGGGGCUGCACAGACCCCAUGAAAUUCUACGCCACCAGCUACUGCACAGCCUACGGCCGGGAGGAGUUCAAGCCCCGCACAGGCAGUCACAGAGGCACCGGCUACAAAUCCAAUUACCGGCCUGUGGUCUCGUACCAAGCCGGUCUCAGUGCCCUGGACAGUCCAGCCGUGGGGGAACAAGUCCGGGACGAUUUCCAGACAGUGACCAGCCAGAGUUACCGCCCCCUGGAGGGGCCUGAUGGCAAGUGCCCCCUGCCCAGCAGCGUGUACCAGACCACCUCUGGCUACUCUCUGGAGAAGGCCGGUUUGAUGCCCCCUACCAAGGAGGUCAGGAAGGUCCAUUUCGACACCCAGGACUACGGGCCCCAGGCCAUUACGGGGCUGGAGCCCAAGCACGUGCCCUUGCUCCACCAGCAGCAGGGCAAGGGCUCACCGGAGUGGGAGAAUUCCCGGCAUGGCCCACGCUUCAUGAGUUCCGAGUAUAAUUCCAAGUAUCUCCAGGAGCCCUCGAACCAGCCAGAUCUCUUGCAGAAGACAUCAAUCGGUGCCAAGGAGGAGACCGGCUUCACUGAGGAGUCCACCAAGAACCCCAUUGCCUUCCAGGCACCCUCCCAGGCCCUCCCUGGGGACCCAGCCCUCCUUCCUAGCCGGAGUGUCACCAAGUCGGACUUCCUCCCCACGACCCAGGCUCACGGGGACGAGCUCCUGCCCCAGCUGGCCAGAUGCUCCGGGAGGGAGACCGCGUUCAGCCGAGCGAACCAGAGGACUCUCAGCUCCAGAGUGCCCCCUCUCAGCCCAGGACUCAGCAGCAUGAGCCACUGGCAGUUCCAGCACCCCCAGCGGUUACAGCAGACAAAUGUUGCCCUGCUUGGCCGGGAGACCGUGGGGAACAAGGAGCCCACCGGGUACAGCCUUAACAACGCCGGCUAUGUCCGGAGCCCGUAUGACCCUGACAUGGAUAAUCACUACCUGACCACCUACAACCAAGGGUACUUUGAGAACAUCCCCAAGGGUCUAGACCGUGAAGGCUGGACCCGAGGUGGCAUCCAGCCACAGAAGCCUGGUGGCUACGCCCUCAACCAGCCAGUCACCCACAUGGAGGCCAUCCCCAACCCUUCAGAGAGCCUGAGGCACAUGCACCCCCACGUAGGAAGAACCCUGAUCUCAACUGACCCCUUCUACCGCUCCGCACCUCACAGCCGCUUCAACACCCCCCGCUGAGCCUGAGGCCUGGUUUGCCAGGCCAACGGGACAGGAGCCGACUACUGUCC